AUGGCCAUAAACAGCCAACCCGUGAUUGUGGUUGGUGCCAGCCUCGUUGGCCUCUCGGCAGCCCUAUGCCUCGCCUCUCAAAAGGUGCCGACCAUCGUCCUCGAGAAGCAUUCAGGGAUAUCUCGACACCCUCGUGCGAUUGGAUUUACACCUCGAACAAUGGAGAUAUACCAUAGCUUCGGACUUGAGAAUGACAACCCUGCGCCUGAUGAUUUUGUUCUCCGGAGAGCUCACGUCGAGAGCAUCACCGGCAACUGGCUAGACAGCACGAACUGGUCCGACACAGAGAGAAAGCCCAAACAAGAUCCGCAGAAGCAAGCACCAAAACAAAAGGAAGGAAAGACUGAGAAAAAGGAGUACUCUGCUGCUCGUGGCUCCGCGAUCCCUCAAGACAAGCUUGAGCCCAUUUUGGCAUCACUCGCUACAGAGCGCGGUGCCGACAUCCGGCGAGGGCACAAAGUUCUCCGCGUCGACCAAGAUGACAGCGGAGUCACAGCCAUCGUUGAGCAUAACGGCAAGGAAGAGGUAGUCCGGGGCUCAUAUCUCAUCGCCGCGGACGGCAAUCGCAGCACCAUUCGCGAGCUCCUUCACAUCCCUCGAAGCGGCCGCGGCUAUAUGCAAACCAUCAGCAGCGUUCUAUUCCGCGCACCCCUCGAGCAAUGGACAAAGGGAUACGCACAGUUCAGCAUCGAACAGCCAGACCUGAAAGCUUUCCUCGCUUCAUACAGCGACGGCCGCUGGGCGCUCAUGUUCCACGACGCGAUCGACCGCGACGAAACAACAAGCAAGGCCGGGAUCUACCAAGCAGUCGGGCGCUCCGAUUUCCCGAUCGAGAUCAUCACCAAAGGGCAGUGGGAGCUCACAGCGCUUGUGGCUGACACUUUCCAAUCCGGUCGAGUCUUCUUAGCCGGCGACGCUGCCCACACGCUCCCGCCAAACCGGGGCGGCUAUGGCGCCAACACCGGUAUCCACGAUGUGCACAACCUCGCCUGGAAGCUUGCCGCAGUGCUUUCGGGGGCGUCGUCGCCGAAGCUCUUGGAAACCUAUACCGCCGAAAGAAGACCUGUGGCGUUGCUUCGGCACGAUCAGAUCUUUGUUCGUGCGGAUUACAAGGUGCAUCUCGAUCCCGCGAUGCCGGCCGGUGAGCAGAUUGAUGACGAUGCUAUGGAAUUCGGACAGAUCUAUCAGUCUGACGGAAUUAUCGGGGCUGAUGAGGGUUUGCCACGCGCGAUGAAACCGGAUGAGUGGAAGGGACAGCCGGGCACACAUCUACCACACUUUUGGAUUGAGAAGGAGGGGCGGCGCAUCCCCGUCCUGGAUGCGAUCGAUUCGUGGACCUUGGUUUCCGAGGCUAGAGAGUGGAGUGAUGCGGUCGAUCUUGUCAACCAGACUUGGCCGGACAAGGUGAAGUCGCUGCAAAUCGGACAGGAUGUGCAAAUGAUUGGUGCCGGCCAAGCUUCGGAGUUAUUGGGCGUGCUUCCGAAUGGCGCCGUUCUGGUUCGGCCAGAUGGUUACAUUGCGUGGCGGAUGCAUGAGUUUCCAGUUGAAGGUGAAGCCGGCGAGAUCCUCAAGGAUGUUGUUUUCAAAACGUCCUUUGGAUAUAGUUGA